AUGCCUAAAGUUGAUAAGGCCCCAACGACACAUCGAGCCUCCGUCUCAACAGCUUCCGCGGCGGGCGGAGGAACACGGAGUUCCUCAUGGUCUGCUAAAGAUGACGAAACCCUGAUCCAAGCCCGCGCCCAAGGACUCAACUGGAAUCACGCAUCGUCGCCAAAGCACUUCCCACAGAAAUCAGCAAAUGCCUGCCGUAAGAGACACGAAAGAUUGAUGGAGCGACAGAAUGCAGAGCAGUGGGAUGGAGUCAAGCUGGGUGAUCUUGCGCAAGCAUAUAUGGCUGUGCGCCGUGAGAUGUGGAGCAUCCUCGCUGCUCGCGUUGGCGAAAAGUGGAUGCUCGUCGAGCAAAAGUGCUUGGAGAAGGGUUUCAAGAACUUGAGUCAGGCCGCUCGGUCUGCAGAGAAGAAACAAAUCGAUGGUACCUACCACGACGUCGAAGACAGCGGUAUAGGCAUUUCUGACCUCGAAGAAGAGUCGAGCCCAACGGACAUGCUGCCUGCUGGUAUUAUCAUCAGCAGGCGGUGCAAUACAUGCCACAUCAGCUGGUCCAUCCCCAUCAACACGCGCAUCAGCAUCAGCAUCAACAUCAACAUCAACAACCGCAUCCGCAUCCGCAUCAGCUUCAGCAAUAAGCGUCGUCCACCUUUUCCCUGGCCUCCUUUCGACUUCUCCUGCAUUCUUAUCUCCUUGCCACGAUCUUUACGACAUCCUAUGCCACCACGACGGCGUUCAACACAAUCUCUGUACCACCACCAGUCGAGCACCGACCAACUUGAUACCACUUUUUUUAUUCGCGUCUUUCAUUUCAGCCUUUUUUUUUCUCUUUUCGUUCUCGGUAGAGGAGAGUCUGUAGAGAUCAUUGUUUCUUUUUCUUCUGGGAUCACCCUGCAUGCGCGGCGUUGGAUUGUAAUCAGAGCGAGGGACCAAUUGGACAUUCGCUUGAUUUCGAGAGUGGCGCCUUACAAGAGCAAGGAGAGCACAUGGCAAUGGCGCGGUGCAUAA